AUGUUGUUAAGGCUACCCAUACCAAAGCUGGAGGAGACUAUGAAGAGGUAUUUAACUUCCAAGAGGCCCCUGUUGAAUGAUGACCAGUUCAGGUUUGUAGGGGCAACUAAUAUUGUGUGGUCAGCUCUUCGCUUCAUGAAAACACUUCGAGCUGGAGUACUGGAGCCUGAGGUUUUUAACCUAAACCCAGCAAAGAGUGACACAGACGGAUUCAAAAGGUUCAUCCGCUGGGUCCCGUCUUCUCUGUCUUGGUAUGGAGCAUACAUGAUGAAUGCUUACCCCCUGGACAUGUCUCAGUACUAUUGCCUCUUUAACUCAAUGGAUCCAAAAUGUGGGCGGGAUGAGCUCUUCACUAAUGAGAAAGGGCGACAUCUCUUAGUUAUGAGAAAAGGCAACAUGUAUGUGUUUAACGUCGUAGACAGAGAUGGGAAUUUAGGGAAGCCUGCAGAGAUCCAGUCCCACUUACAGUACAUUUUGUCUGAUCCGACACCAACCACCGCCUCUCUUGGGGUGCUGACCAGUGAGAACAGGGAUGGGUGGGCCCGGCUAAGGGAAAAACUGAUAGCUGCUGGAAACUUCAAGAAGGGUGGGAAGAAACAGCUAAAGAAAAGUAAGUUGAGUCCAGAUGCUAUAGCCCAGCUGGCUUUUCAGAUGGGCUUUCUGAGGCAGUAUAGAGAGACAGUGGCCACAAAAGCAAGGGAGAACUUUGAUUCAGCUGUGUCAAAACUCACUAUUGAUGCCAUGGAGUUCAAGAAGGGUGGGAAGAAACAGCUAAAGAAGAGCAAGUUGAGUCCAGAUGCUAUAGCCCAGCUGGCUUUUCAGAUGGGCUUUCUGAGGCAGUAUAGAGAGACAGUGGCCACAUAUGAGUCGUGCAGCACUGCAGCAUUCAAGCAUGGCCGCUUAAAUCCUAUGCCCAGGAGAUAG